UUGUUGACACGUCCACGUGAAAAAAAAUAAUUCUUGUCCACACCUGGUCUCACCUUUAUAGCCCACAUAUUAAUAUUGGCUCCAAAAUAAAAACAAAAAAAUCAAUAUAAAAAAAUUUAAAAUAUAGUAACAAUAAAAUUAAAAUUGAUCAAUGAAUUAAUAAUUAAAAAUAGAUUCAAUUAAUUAUAAAAAAUAAUUGGUAAUUUAAUUCAAUUGAUAAAUAAAUAAUUAUUGUCGGACUCUGGGCACUGUGGUAUAAACUGUGCAGGCAUCAUAGACAGAGUCGUUUGGCUGAUCUUGACUGCUUGAGGGCCGUAGUUGUAUGAGCUCACGAGAUAGCGCAGUCGCUCGUUCGACGUCGUGCCGAGUAGUUCUCGUGUGUUGUUGAAUUUUAUUCAUGAUUAAACUCAAAUAUUUAAAUCAAUUUUAUCAUUAAAUAAAUUAAAAUAUUAUAAUAAACUUAGUCAUUGAAAUUUAAUUUCAAGGGUUGUUAUUUAUCAUUUUUAAUUAAUUCAAUCGUUUUGCUUUUUUUUUUUUUUUUAACUUUUUUCUGUCACACGUGGACAAUUAAAUUCAUUAAAAAUUGUGCGCUGUCGUAUUUGUCGUUAUAAAAUUACAGUAUAUAAAUUUAAAUAUAUAUGUAUUUUUUAAAUAAAAAAUUGUGAGAGUUUUGUGAUUGAGUUUUGUGACUAGUGAAAAUUAAAAAAAAAAUUAAUUUAAAAUUUUUUUCUUCAAUAUAUACUGUGAACUGAAAGAGUUUUUCGAAUAAAGAUGUGUUUGAAGAUGUCAUGUGUGGCAAUUGUCAUUUUUUUGGGACUUCAUGUUGUCCCGAAUAUUCAAGCUGUCACCGUCGACGUGAAAAUGCGCGACGACUCAGAUUUAUCAGAGUUUUACCAUCUGCUGGAGGCUAGCCAGGUGGCAAAUAGUACUUUAAUGUACAGGCAUGUGACAGUAUUUGCCCCAACGAAUCGUGCCUUUCAAGAAACUGACUCCAAUGACGAACAUGGUGACCUCGUACUCUACCACAUGUCUAAUUUACCAAAAACUCUUGAUGAAAUGGGUGAUUCAAUUUCAUCUGAACUUGAUGGAAAUCCACCACUUUGGGUAACGAGAAAACGAGCAUAUCCACAUGAUGAAAUUUAUAUAAACAACGCCAAAAUCUUAGAGGGUAGUAACUUUAAGUCAACGAUAAAAUUACCAUCUGGAGAUGUUAAAACACAGGUACUCCAUAAAAUCUCAGACGUUCUUGAACCUAUUCAAUCUAUCUCACGCGAGUCACCAAUUUACAAUCCAAAUGCAUUUCAAUUUUUAAAUCAAAGUGACAGUCUUAAACUUGGAAAGCAUAGAAUUCGUACAUUCCGUCAGUGUGUUUUGAAUAACAACAAAGAAGAUAUUUUCAAACAAGAUGGAGGCUAUACUUUCUUUAUACCCGAUGAAGAAGGAUUCAAGUCACCAUUUAGACCAAAUAAAGUUGAUCGUCAAGUUAUUGAUGGACAUGUUGUUCCAAAUCAUGUACUUUUUACUGCACCAACACCAAAUGACAGGCCCUAUGAGACACUUGCAAAUACUGAUAAUUUCAAAGUAACCAUUAGUUUUUUGAUUGAUCCAAACAGCAAACGAAUGUAUGUCAAGUCAAAUACACUUAUUGGUGAUGCAGCACAUCCAACUGGUGUUGUACUAUCUGAAAUAGUUAAAGCAAACAUACCAGUUAAGAAUGGAGUUGUUCAUUUGAUUCAACGACCCUUGAUGGUAGUUGACACGACAGUACAGCAAUUUCUCAUGUCCUUCAAGGGCAUCGAAAAAGAAGAUGGCCCAGUAUAUAAAUUCUACCAGGCAAUAGCUGACUAUGGUGAUAAUUUCAUGGACACAAUAACACGACUUCAAGAUAUAACUUUAUUUGCUCCAAGUAAUGCAGCCUGGGAAGAAGAGGGUGUCAAACAUAUUCUUCAAGAUCGAAAACGCUUCAAGGAAAUUUUAAAUCUUCACUACGUUAAAGAAAAACUUCCACUCGAUAAAAUACGGCAAAAGAGUGUCAAUCAGAUGGUGUCAACUGGAAAAGUCUCACAAUAUGGGGUACCAACAGCAGCAGCUUGGAAAAAUUUAUAUUUCAAUGUAAUUGAAGGAUCAAAUGGCAGUCAAACAGUUACAGUUGAGGGUGGUGGUGUUAAUGCAACAGUUAUUACAGCAAAUAUUGCUGCAACAAAUGGAAUCAUUCACAUUAUUGAUCGAGUACUUGGAAUUCCAUACACAACUGUACUUGAUAAAAUGCGAACUGAUCCAAUGCUUAAUUCAACAUAUACUCUUGGAAUGCGAAGUGAUUUUAACAAAAUGCUGAAUAAACCAAAUCAACGAUACACAUUUUUCGUACCACGUGAUUCAGCUUGGGAUAAUACCAGAAUGAAUAUGGCAUCAACAUAUAAAAAAAUAUUUAUGCCACAAUUUAGUUAUCACACAAAACAAAUUUUGGAAAGACACGUUGCUGUUGGAGAAAAAGGAUUUUCAAUGGCAGAUUUAAAAAGAUUAUCUUCAAGUGAACCAACAACAUUACGAACUCUCAGAGACUCACUGAAGAUUCGUGUCAGAGAACACGAUGGCAGUUAUCAGAUUGAAUGGCAAAACAGAUGGAUUCGAGUAUUCCGUCCUGAUGUUGCAUGUACCAAUGGUAUUAUUCACGUAAUUGAUGAUGCUUUUCUAACUGAAAGUGAUGUCACAGUAACAGCUGAUGUUGAUGAUGCGGCUUCUUCAAUUGCAUCAUUUACACCGCAUUUUGUUAUGAUUUUAAUUGCCAAAUGGCUUUUGUAAAGAUCUCUUCUCUAAAAUUAAUUUAUUAAGGCUCAAAAGGCAAUUGAAAUAAUUAAAUAUGCAUCCAAUAUAAAAUUUUACAAAUUGAUUAUCAAAUCAAUAAUUAAAAGUUAAAUAAUUCGUGACUAAUAUUAUAUCAACUGUAGUCAUAGAUAUAAAAACACUUUCUAAUAUCUGAGAAAAAAAUAAAUUCUUUUAAAUAUUGGAUUGCAUAUUUUUUUUUUUUAAUAAUAAAUAAAAUUUUUAGCCUAUUAUUUAUUUUAAAAUGAAACAAAAGAGAAAUAACGAAAAUAAAAAAAAAUAAGUAAUUAAAAAUUAAGAGGUAAAAUAUUACGAAUUAAAUCGUUGACCGUACCAAUUAAAUUAAUUUUUUCAUUUCAUAAAAUAAAUAAAAUGAAUAAUAAUAAUUUUAUUUUUUCUUAAUUUAAAAAUGUCAAAUCUGUUGACUAAUAAUUCUCAUUUUAAAUUAAAAUAAAAAAUACUCAUUAAAAAAGCUUGAAUAAAAAAAAUUAAAAAAGUGUUUUUAAGUGUUCAACAGAUUUGAAUGAAUUCUAAAAAAUGAUAUAAAAAAUUAAUUAAUAAGUGUCAUGAAUGAUUCCAAGUUUAUAUAAAUAUAUAAAAUUGAAUUUAUCAUAAUUAUCAAUAAAAACAUCGUAAAUUAAAUACGACAAAUUGUAAAACAGAUUAACAGCUGAUAAUUUAUUUCAGCUUAGUCAAGAUAAAUAUUAAUAUUUUUUUCAUUUAUAUAAUUCGAUACUUGUAUUAUUAUAUUUGAAAAUAUUUAAUUUAUAUAUAAUCUUGAUUAAUUGUAAUGAUAAUAAUUGAUUUUAAAAAAAAUAAAAUAAAACAGGAUAAAUAUAAUUAUUUUUCAUUAAUUUACAUGCCAUAAUAAUUUAAAUAAAAUAUUAAUUUAAAUAAAUUAAUAAAAGUCGUAUAAAGAAUACCAAAAAUAUUCUAUAAUUAAAUUUUUAAAAAAUAUUUAUAAUAUUAUUGAAGCUUGAAGGGACGAAAUAAUGAAAAAAAAAAAUUACGUGAUUUUUCACAGCAAAGCUAAAUGAUAAUUACGUAUUGAUAUCAUUCGAUACUUGUGUAAUGAUAGAGAUAAAUAAAUUAUAUAUAAAUAACAUUUAAAUAAAUUAAUAAAGAGAUAUAUUGAGGAAAGUACGACUGAGAUAAGCUAGGCAAUUGACAAAAAUAAUAAACAGUCAUGAAAUAAAAUAAAUAAAUGAAUAAAGCCUGCAGAGUAAUGAAAAUUAAAAAAAAAUAAAUAAUAAAUUUUUAAAAAUUAAUAAACAGAUAUAAAAAAUAAAAAUUUAAAAAAAUCUAACCGUAAAUAUUUGUUGAAAUUGAUAAUAUUACUGAUAUUAUUAUUAAAUAUAUAUACAUAAACUUUAAAUAACACUGUUUGUUCAAAAUCUAUAGAUAAACGAAAAUAAAUAUUUAAAAAAAAAAAUAGUAGAGUUCUAUCGCUGUAUAGAUAUAUGUGUCUUAAUGUACGAUAUCUUUCGUUUUAUAAAAAACAAAUUAUAAAAUAGAAAUAAUUCUUCAAAGUGUUAAUGAGUCAACGUAAAGAAAAAAAAAAAACAAUUUAAUCAUCGUCAAAGAAAUGAAUAUAUAAAACUCAUUUUAUCUUACAAAAUUAAAUCAACGGAAAUUUUUUCUAAUGAUGCUAAAAGGAAAAAACAAAAAAAAAUUUAAUGAAAUAUAUUAAAGCUUACUCUUUUCUCUCUUUACGUAGAUAACAAUAAAAUUUACUCAUUAAAAUAUUCAUAUACACAAGAGAAAUAAUAAUAAAAUAAUUUGAUACUUUAUCGUUUUCGUUUUUUUUUUUUUGUUAAAUAAUUUUUCUUCAUUUAAAUAAAUUAAUAAAAAAUAAUUGUCUGCUUUGCAGUACUUUGAUAUCUAUAUGUAAAAGAAAAAAAAUAAUAAUAAUUUAAAUUCAGAGUAAUUCGUAAAUUAAUAGUAAAUCAAAUAAAAUUUGUAAAAACUUUGACGAUUAUCAUAAAUAAAAAUACAACAAUGGACGGUAAUAAUUUAUUAGAAUUCUCACUUUUUUAUUAAUAAUAAAAGUUCAAAGAAAAUGAAAAAUAUAAAAAUUUAAAUAUCAUAUUAUAAAUCGUUAUUCUGUCAUGUCCAGUAAUGAUCAAUAAAAUUAAAAUAAAACAAAUUAUGUUUAUGAUAAGUUUUGUGAUUGUAUAUCAGAUAAUUAAUAACACGAUUGAGUCAUUAAUAGCUCAUUUAACCAAACAAUGUUCCAAAUAGUCAUGUGUCCACAUUUUCAAUUGCACCGUAUGAAUGAUAUUUAUAAUUUAUAAGUUAAUCUAAGUUAUUAGAAUUUAAUAAAACAACAAAAAAAUAUCUUGAAUAAAUAAAUUUCAAUAAACUGCAAAUUGUCAAUUCGGUUUUCAUUAAAUUUUUAUCAAUUUCAUACCAAAAAAAUUAACAAAAUUAAUAACUAAAUCGACUAUUUAGAUUUUUAAAAAAUUGUGAUCAUGUUGUGUGAAUUUAAUACUCAUGCUUUUAACAUUUUUGUACAUCGACAAACUGAAAUUUAACAAA